GUAAAGACCAACCCCAAACCAAACACGAACAUGAGCUUGUGGGCAGACAAGUACCGACCACAAAGCCUUGACAAGCUGACCUAUCAUAAUGAUCUUUCUGCUCAUUUGAAAAAGAUGGCUCAUUCAGGUGACUUCCCGCAUAUGCUCUUCUAUGGUCCUCCCGGAGCAGGCAAGAAGACAAGAAUUGCUGCUGUUUUGAGAGAGAUUUAUGGCCCAGGCGUUGAAAGACUUAAAGUCGAUCAACGACAAUUUGUCACACCAUCCAACCGCAAAUUAGAUCUCAAUAUUGUUUCUAGCAACUAUCAUAUGGAAUUGAACCCAAGUGAUGUUGGCAUGUACGAUCGCGCCGUAGUUCAAGAUCUCAUCAAGGAAGUAGCACAGACGCAACAAAUUGACGCAAAUGCUAAGCAUCGAUUCAAAAUUAUUGUCAUAAACGAAGCUGAUGAGUUGUCCAGAGAAGCGCAAGCUGGUCUGCGUCGUACCAUGGAGAAAUACAUGACCAAUCUUAGAAUCAUUCUGUGCUGCAACAGUACUAGCAAAAUCAUCAGCCCAAUCCGUUCCAGAUGCCUUCUUGUCCGUGUUGCCCGCCCAAGCGAAGGAGAAAUUGACGAUGCCAUGCAAGCUGUUGCGAAAAAGGAGAACUUUUCACUACCACAUGAACUGUGCGUGAAGAUAGCUGAUGAUUCUGACCGAAAUCUUCGUAAAGCGCUUUUGACCUUGGAAGCUACGAAAGUUCAAGAACCGAACCUGGCUCAGGUACAGAAGAUCGUCAAGACAGACUGGGAAAUUGAAAUCGGCAAUAUUGCCGACCUGAUAAUAGCCGAACAAAAUCCAAAUAGAGUGCUACUUGUGCGAACACGCAUGUAUGAGCUCAUCAGCCGAUGCAUACCCUCUAGUCUCAUUAUUAAAAACCUCGCGUUCGAUCUGGCUAACAAGGUAGACCGACGGUUACGAAGUGGAAUCAUCGAACACGCUGCUAUUUAUGAGCACCGUUUGAGAACCGGCAAUAAGGAUAUAUUUCAUCUGGAGGCAUUUGUUGCUCGGGUGAUGAGUUUGAUCAAAAGACAUCAAAUGGAAAAGAACUCAUGAAAAACUGUAGUAUAAUAUUCAUUUACAA